AUGAACAACAUUGUUCAUUAUCAUCAUCGACGUCGAGCAACAUUAUCCAAUCAUGAAUGUAUAGUAUGUUGUUCAAAAGCAAUAGGUAUAAAUUUUGGUGUACCAACAUGUGCGCCAUGUAAAGCAUUUUUUCGUCGUAAUGCUCGACGAAAAGAAAUUCUCGAUACACCUUGUCAUCAUUUUGAUGUAAAUUCAUUAAAAGAAAAAAAUACAAAUAUUAAUGAUAGAACAAUUCGUUAUUUACAAAUUCGUCAAUGUUCAUCAUGUCGUUUACGUCGUUGUUUUGAAGUCGGCAUGAAAGAAGAAUUAAUUCGAACACAUGAAGAAAAUGAACGAUAUAAAAAUCUUGUGGAUAAUAAUCGAAAACGACAAGAAUGGUUAAAACAACUACAACAAGAAAAGAAAUUAUCCAUUGUCCAGCAUAUUGAGAAUAAUAAUGAUUUAAUAAGUAAAUUCGAUUGGCGUCAUUUAUCAAAUAUUGUUUAUGCAUAUGAUACAUGUUGUGUUGAAACUUAUCUUGAACAACGUGUAAAUAUGUUUGCUCAUGGUACAUCACAAAAAGAACUAUUAAUGAAACAUUAUGGAGUAUUACCAAUGAGUUUAAUCAUUUCGCUUAUUUCAUUUCUCAGAUCAUUACCUGCUUUUCAAUCACUUGUACGAAGUAAUCAAUCAUUUUUAUGUCAAAAUAAUAUUCGUCGAUUGAUCUUUGCUAAUCUUCAUGAACUCAAUCAAUCCUGUUUUUCCGAACCAUGGCAGAUAGCUAUCUACAAAUCUAUUUGGGAAUUUAUCUGUGGUCCAGAACUAUAUAAACAAUUUGCUCAUAUUGAAAAAGUAGCUGAAAAAUCAAUGAUAGCUGAUCCAAUAAUAACACGUCUUUGGAUUAUUGUAUUAUUCUUUUCUACACCUCUUUUUUCUGAUUAUGAUUCGCAAUCAACAACAAUAAAAGUAAAGAAAAAUUUAUCUUUUAUUGAUAUUCAAAAUAUUUAUGCAACUCUUAUGUGGAAAUAUUUAUUAUAUCGUCAUGGUCCUAUGGAAGCAGUUCGAAUUUAUUCUAAUCUCAUUCUAAUCUUUUUAAAUAUGUUACGUGUUGAAAUUAGUAUUCAUAUAAGAUUACAAAUGGAAAAAGAUCUAGCACCACUAGAUAAAGCACUCGAUGAAUUAGUAAAGCUUGACAUUAAUGCUGACCAAUAA